GCGGGAGGAGGGAGGGACGGAAAGGAAGUGGCGCGGUUUCCUCUCUCGGUUCGAGGCGGCGAACGGAGACCCCAAUUAAAUAAUAUAUAAAUAAUUUAUCUGUCAUAUUCCGGACCGGGAGGGGGGGGAAGAGAAAAAAAAAUAUGCUCUUUUCUCACAGUUCGUCCGUCUUCACCAACUCUUGCGUCAGGCAGCCUGUGGAGCCGGAGUGGGAGGCGGCGGGCGGCGGCCUGUGGGAGGAUCUGUUUGAGAAUGCCUCUAACUACAGCAACGAACCUACAGCUGAGCUUAAUGGGAGCAACACUGAAAAAUUCCUGGAGUUUCUGAGACAAGAGCAAACAGCGAACGCUGAUGAUCAGAACUGUGAUCAGCUUCUGACCCUCAGCAAUGUGUUUAGGCAGAGGCUACUGGAGCUAGGAACGCUGUACGAUCAGCACAAGAGUUUAUCUAACCUGAAAAAUCAGGGCAAUAUGAGAAAGUCGAGGGUGAGCGAAGAGCAGGACAGGUUCUUCUCAGUGAGUGGGAGAAGAAUUCUUGCUGAUAAUAGAAUCUCCAAGCUUAUUACAUCAGGAUGGGCAAAAGUGAGAAAACCCUACCCUGUGAAUGAGCUCAAAGGUUUGAUCGAAUCUCAGACAAUGGUGGCAAAGAUCUGCACACUACUGAAGAAGCCACAUAAGAGUUCUACAUCAGACUGGAUGUCGCAAAUUACAGACCCCAAGCCAUUCCACAUGACCAUUCGGGAAGAUCAUAAAAAAAACAAUCUGCUCAAGUCCAAGGUAUUACUGGAGUUGCAGAGGGAGCUAAUAGAAAGGCAGAAGAAAGAAGAUGUAGAAUUCCAAAGAAAAUUCCAUGCGCACCCCAUUCCUGCUCACGUUUACCUGUCGCUCUUCAACGAAAUGAAUGAGUACAAUAAGAAAAGGAGAAGGAAGGAGAUCGAGACACGGAAAGAGCUCCUGAAGGCCAUGCAGAAACCGUUCAGUUUUACUGACCGGCAGGACAAGAGGAAGGAGGAACUGAGCCAACAGGCCAACAUAGCAGAGCUGGAUGCGGAGAAGAAGAAAUUGAAAAAGAAAAUUCCAAAGUCUGUUCAGGACGCAACAGUCAGUGAGAAGCUGAAAGAAGAGGAGCUCUUGAGAAAGAUAAGGAUACAGAUGAGAGCGGCAGAUUUGAUGAAAAGUGCCGCUGCACCUAUCAAUACUGAGCCCUACAAGAAGUCCCUGGCCGCAAGUUCCUUGAAGGCCAAAGAUGAAAGGCUGGGAUUUUUGCAGGAGGAACCCAAGUUCAAGCCCAGAAUAAAUAUGGAAGUUCCUGACUUUGACAAACUGUAUGAAGCAUUUCAGAGGGACGUGGGGAGUAAGCACAAGCCCAAGGAAGCAACAAAAUGUGAGCCGUUUGAAUUUCUUACAGCCAAAUUACGGGCACAGAGAAAUAGAGGAACCGAAGUUGUAUUGAAGGAUUCUACUAAAAAUGGGAAGCCCCAUCUGACGAGAGAUAAAUCCUACAGUGCAAUUGCAUCGCUGUCUUCUGAGAUAUUGCCCAUGUACAUUUCAGACACCACAAGGAAAAGGCAGGCGGCUAUUAGAAAAUCUUUAGAGGAACAAGAUGUGGAGGAGCAAGUGAGAGCUCGAUGGAUGGAGAGCUACAACUUAAAUAGUCAACUAAUGAGCAAAGGAGUACUGUCACGAGCAAAAGCUAUGGAUCCCCAUCAGAGUCUCGAGGAGACCUACAAAGAGAAAUUGCAGAAACACAGGAAGAAAGACUCCAAGAGGAAGAAGGAAUACAAGAAAGAACUGGAAGAGAUGAAGAGACGAGUGCUUCGGAGACCAUACCUCUUUGAACAGGUUACUCAGAAAAACGCAACAAAGGAGGCUGAGAGGCGAUACCGUGAUACGUUGCAUAAAGCUGGCGUGGAUGAAGAGUUUGUCUGGGAUAAAGGGAGAUGCACGGAGCACCUUCCUCUCACAAUCUCUGACGAGGAGGAUGGCAGCGAGCCUGAAGAUAGGACAGCACAGACCAGGAGCUGCAGCAGCAGCAUACCUGUAGAGAAAACCAAACCAGGGCAGGAGAAAGGUGAAGAGAUCGGAGAGCACGAGGAGAGAGCAAACUCUGAGACUUCCCAAGAUUAGUCUCGGCUCAAAGGAAAAGGUUUACAUCUCAUGUUCCUCUUUUUAAAAAUUACGAUAACAUUUUAAUUAAAAAUAUUAUCAUUGCAAUUUCAAAUUCAAAACCAUUGAUAUCAACCCAGUCAGUCUCAACUCACUCGCACGUUCUCUCCAGAGUGUUCACAAAGUUACCCCCACGUGUUUAUCUCUACAGUGCACUGACCAACAACUGAAACUGGAAGAAUGAUGAUCAUUGUAUUUAGACUGCUUAGUUGUAUUCAGUACAAGUGUUUAAUUGUAUUUAGAGGACCCGUGUGUGAGCGCCAGCAUUUUCAUGGCAGAUAAUGAUCCGUCACUACAUUUGGUGCCACAUCUUCCAUAGCAUGGAUGGAGUGAGGAGGUGAAAUACAUCUCUGACAUCUUGUUUCAUCUCCUCUGAAGUUUUGUAUCUCUGUUUUGUGAUGGGGUGGGGGGGGUGUAAAUAGGACUUUGUGGACACCCUGUACAUACAUCAACUGAUGAACCUCUCACUAUGCGUCUCCCAAGACACCUCGGAAACCAAUACGGACCUCUAGCAAGAAAAUGCAUCCUGUGUCCUCAUUUUAGACCUUAGAAAAAGUUAGUACCAGAUUACCAUUGUGAAAUUGCUUUUAUUCCGUUUCUUCCACCCCCUUCCCCCCCCCUGUAAUGCAUUCUACAGAACUGUAAAUUGGAAAUAUUACUUUGGGCUGCUAACUGCACAAAUGAAGCUAAAUACACACUGUAGAUGUUACUCAUCAGCUCAGAGCAAGUUUCAGCCUAUCUACCACACACCCUCAGAGUUAGCAGGUUUAUCAAACUUUCCCCACUGUUUCCCUAGAACUGUGCCUUGAUUAAAAAUAAAUGCAAUUUGAUAUUGAA